AUGCUUCCCCACACUGCACAUGCACCUGUAGAAGUCCCAGGCUUCAAGCUGCGCUGUGCAUUCAUAAAGGAAAGUCCCGCCCCCUUUGCUCCAGGCGCCUCUGUGAUUGUGACUUGUCCUUUGGCGGAGCCUUGGAAUCAGGGGACACAAGGCUCACUGAACUGCUGUGAGAGACCCAGCGUGGGAUUGGUCAGAGUGGAGCCAGCCCAGGUGUAUGAUUGGAGGAGGCUGAUGGAGGGGGCGUGUCGAGUGCCUGUGUCCUGCUGUCGACCGCGGAUCCUGGUUUUGCACGCGCUGUUCUGGGGCCUUGUGUCGCUACGAGUGUUCGGAGCGGCACUGCUCAGUGAGGAGAAGACUACAGUGAAGCCUGUGUCUGCCCCCUGCUGGCUGCUAGAGGAGUUCACAGUGACGUUGGCCUGUGUGCAGUGCAACGAGUUUGAGACGAGGUCCUGGCCCAUUUGUGUUCAGACUGGAUUCUACGAACGAGUGAACUGCACCAAAUCCAACAGGGACGAGCUCAAGAGUUGCAGGUCCUCUCAGUUGGAGGAACACAGAUUUUGGCGUUUCGAGGCAACCAUGUUGUCCCUGACAGCGUUGUUUGGGAUCGUCGUGGUAACAAGACAACGAGCUUUGGACCGAACGGCAUCCGAGAAAGUGCGGCGCCAAAUAGAGUCCAUUUGA